AUGGUAGAUUUAGUACCUCGGCUACUCGUUCGUCAAGAGAUUUCAUUUAUUCCUACAAUCCAAUUAAGAGCUUCAACCUAUGGUGCAAUCAUCGGAGAAUUAGUGUUUACUUCAUACUUCGCAGCUUCAAAUUAUGAUGAAAAACCAUUUUUUAUUUAUGAACCGAUACCAAUCCCGUUUAACCAUGCACAUAAACGUGUUAGACUUGCUCAAAUGCCAGCAUACAUAGGCAUUCAUCCAGAUUCUCGUCAGUUUGUUCAAUAG